AUGGCUGGCUCUCAGGAACAGAAUGGCGACUCUGCGGAUAAAUGGAAGCAUCCGUUUCAGGAACUAAAGGAGAAGCUGAAGGACUCGCAUCUACAUGAUGCAAAAAUCAGUCUUAUUCAUACAAAACAUAAAAUCGGCAAAUUCGCAAAUCUCUUUAACCCAGAGCACCGCCAUGAUGAAGAUCAUGAGAAGGCAUGUGACGAGAAACGCAGUAAAAUUGGCGAUCAGCAUCGUUUUAAAUCGUAUUUUCCAGAACGGGAUGGAAAUCUCAUCAAAUGGUAUGUGGAUGGUAGAAAUUACUUCUGGGCUGUGUCAGAAGCUUUGGAGCAGGCAAAGGAAACCAUCUACAUCGCAGACUGGUGGCUUUCUCCUGAGCUCUUCUUGCGUAGGCCACCUUACUUCAACCAGGAAUGGCGCCUGGACAAGAUAUUGAAACGUCGGGCUGAGGCUGGAGUAAAAAUAUUCGUUAUCGUGUACCGCGAGGUAGAAGCUGCGAUAACCUGCAAUUCUGAGCAUACGAAGCAUGCACUACAAAGUCUAUGUCCUGAGGGAACUCCUGGGUACGGUAACAUCAAGGUUAUGCGGCACCCUGAUCACAAUGUCCUAGAAAAUGCAGCAGAUAUGACUUUCUAUUGGGCCCAUCACGAGAAACUCAUUGUCAUAGACUAUGCGAUGGCGUUUAUUGGAGGCCUAGAUCUUUGCUUCGGUCGUUGGGACAAUCACCAACAUAUUCUCUCGGAUGUCCACCCGGAAGGGGUCAGCAACGAAAUUUGGCCUGGCCAAGACUUCAAUAACAACCGCAUAAUGGAUUUUCAGAACGUUCAAGAUUGGAAGCAGAACGAGCUGAGCAAAGCUGAUUACGGACGCAUGCCUUGGCAUGAUGUAGCAAUGGGAUUGAUUGGUCCUUGCGUUUAUGACAUCGCAGAGCAUUUCGUCUUGCGUUGGAAUUUCGUAAAGCGAGACAAGUACAAGCGCGACGACAGGUUCGAUUGGCUCAUGCUGCGGGGCCGUGAAGGCGAGGAAGAUGAGGCCCUCGUAGGUGUUCAACGGCCGAAACACCCUGUUGGGGAAUACAUUCUUCAUCCCCUUACACCCGUCGAAAGCAAAAACCUGGACAAUCGAGGGACGAUGCACGCCCAGAUUGUCCGAAGCAGCGCCGACUGGUCUAGCGGCAUUCUAACUGAUCAUAGUAUUCAGAAUGCGUACUCGGAGAUCAUUCGUAACGCCGAGCACUAUGUAUACAUCGAGAAUCAGUUCUUUAUUACUGCUACGGGCGAUCAGCAAUCACCUAUACACAACACGAUAGGAAGAGCAAUUGUAGAUGCCUGCGUCAGAGCUGGCAAGGAAAAGAGAAAGUUCCGGGUUAUCAUCCUCAUUCCUGGUAUACCUGGGUUUGCCGGUGACCUACGUGACGAUGCAGCUACUGGAACACGUGCUAUCAUGGAUUAUCAGUACAAAUCAAUAUGCCGCGGGGAACAUUCAAUAUUUGAGCAGAUCCGCGCACAGGGUGUUGAUCCAACGGAUCAUAUAUUUGUCUUCAAUCUGCGAUCAUACGACCGGUUGAAUAAGACACCCUCGGUCAAGAAACAAGAGGAAGCGUCUGGUGUCAAGUAUCACGAAGUCCAACGUGCCGAAGCAGAGGAGAUUAUGAGUGAAGGCAUCCACGGCAGCGAAGAUGUCGAGGGUGAACGGGACCAGCAUAUGGGUAAGCGAGAAGAACAGAGAGAGGGCGGGGAGUUGUCAACCAGCAUCGAAGCGAAACGCCGUUUUGAGGCAGCUAAAGAAGAAAGUCACGAGACGAAGUCGGUUUACAGCGUAGCUCAUCACGCCAUGGCAAAUACUGGAAAAGUAUCGGAAGAAAUCUGGGAGGGCGAACCUCAGGAAGAAGUCGAUAAUUGGAUCCAAGAGGAGCUGUAUAUCCAUGCCAAGCUCUUAAUUGUGGACGAUCGCAUUGUGGUUUGCGGCUCCAGCAACUUAAAUGACCGAAGUCAAUUAGGCAAUCACGACAGCGAGUUGUCCAUCGUGAUGGAAGAUACCGAUAGAAUCCAGAGUACCAUGGAUGGGCAGUCGUUCGAGGCAGGGAAGCACGCUGCCACCUUGAGGCGUUACCUGUGGCGAGAACAUCUAGGUCUGCUACCGCCACAACCUCACGAUGCUAGUAAUGACCAGAACGCGCAUCCACCAGGAGAGAGGUCACCGAACGACAUCUGGGAUGGGGAUGAAAGUUACAAGUUUGUCGAAGACCCUAUGAGCGACGAGCUAUGGGAUAUGUGGACUACCAACGCGACAAAGAACACAGAAAUCUUUAGGCACUUAUUCCAUGCUGACCCUGACGAUCACGUGAAAACGUUUGAUGAUUACAACACCUUUCUGCCGCCAAAGGGGGUCAAGGCCGGCCAUAUAUUCGAUCGGUUUUUGCCUCCAGAGGACAUUCGUGCGAAAUUAGACCAGGUCAAAGGACAUCUUGUAUGGAUGCCGCUGGACUAUUUGAUGGAUGCCAACAUGGCUGAAACGGGCUUACAAGUGAAUUCGUGGACAGAGAGCGUGUACACUUAG